AUGGCCAUUGUAGCAAGUGACCUUGUUGUUACGGAGAUCAUGUCCCGCGUCCCAGGUAAAUCCCUAGCCAGAUUCCGUUCAGUCUCAAAACAAUUUAGGUCUCUCCUCUCGGAUCCUUAUUUCCUCCGCCUCCAUCACAGCCGUUCACGUGAUUCCCUUUUUACUCUAAAGGCAUGCCAGAAAAUCAAGGUAGUUUCGGCAGUGGCCGCAUUAAAUGAUCCGAGAAAUUUAUGGACAAUAAGAUACAAUUUUCAAGUGACAAACAAGGGCCUCCUCGUCCAUGAUUUCACGUUAGACUUUAUUGGCCUUCGAAUCAAAUUGCUAAGUUGUCAACACCAGCUCUUAUGCGUUGCUUGUUCAACUGGGAUUCAUCUUUACGACCCCUUGAACAACGUGUUGAAGAAACUACCGGACUCUCCUUCGUCUCCAUGGUGUUUCAACAGAUCCCACCAAGAAUGUGUCGUCUCCUUUGGAUUUGUUGACGCCGCGAUGCAGUACAAAGUCGUCAAGUGGCCUCACGACUUGGAUGAAAACCGUACAAGAAGGUUGCCGAAUGGCAUCGUCACGACUUGGAAGAAAGUCAAUCAGCUCAAAUUUGAGAUAUUAAACAUAGAUAUUAAUGUGGAAGAUGGUGGUCGUCUUAUAGUAUCCCCUUGGAGAAUGCUGAAGAUGCAGUGUCCCUAUCUACUACAACUCUCUUCUCAGGUUCAUGUCAAUGGAUUCAUCUACUGGAUCACUGCUGAUUUUCAGAUCGUUUCUUUCUCUCUACAAGACGAGACUUUCUCAACACUAAACUCUAAGCCUUCAUGCUUCCACCUUGACACACAAGGAUCACAAAAAUCUAGAUUUUUCACCUUAUGUGGAAGCCGUGGAAACUUAUGGAUGGUAGAUUUUGAUGUCUCAUCUCAAAUCAUGGAGAUCUGGAAGAUGGAAGAAAGUGGAUGGGCCAAGAUUCACAAGAUCGACCUUGGAGGAACCCGUCCAAACAAGAAUGGUAAAGUGCAGAUGCUAGAUAUUCUGUCAGACCAAGUUUUGUUCGAACUACCAUCGACAGGGCAGUUGAUACGCUAUCACGCCAAGACAAAUACCCUUGAUAACAAUGAAAUAUACACCGACUAUCAGCUAUGUCACUUCACCGAUGGACCUUUGUCUCUACACAACAUUGAUAUGUCUGAUUCUUCUCCGCAUUCCUCUAGAUAUCUUAAUUUCGAGUCUUUCUUAGAUACACAGCCCCGAUAG